UAUGGGCAGCAGUCUUACGCUGCGAAUACUGUGUUUUAGAGAUCACCCAAUAUCAUUCAUAUGAACACAUUAAUCAAAAUAUUGGAUUGAUAAAUAAUCUAUAAAAAUUAAUUUAAGUGACGAACAUUAUUUGAAACCUAAAUCAACUCAAUAUUUUCAUUCGACUACAAUAUUUUUUAUCCACUAGCGCAACUUGAAAAACAUGCAAGCGUUCCAUACAAGAUCGCAGGCGAAUUGCUGCCCAAGUCACAUAGGAUUAAGGCGAAAUUUUAGGUGAUUUCCUCAAUAACAGUUAGAUAAAUCACCAUGGAAUUGAGUUCUUUAGAAAUCAACGAGAUAGCGAGUCUAAUCGACAUCAAUGUUAUUCGAAAACUUGGAUUGCAUUUUGGUUUUGAGCAUGCAGAGAUACAACGUUACGAAAAGACGAAUAACCAAAACCCUUCACAAUGUAUUGGCACCGAGGAUAUGCUGGUUGCCUGGCACAGAAAGGGCGGGACAAGGGAACAGCUCUGCAGGGCACUCAGAGCAGUUGAUCAAAGCAGAUUAGCCAUCAGGAUUGAGAACGGUGAGUUUCGGGUUGCACCAGUUGCUGCACCAGCACCAGCUUUAGUAUCAGGACCAUUACCUACACCUUCAGAUAUGCCCAAUCCUCUAUGUACAGGCUUGAAGCAACAGACUGGAGAGCCUGAGGCAGCUUUACACGCACAGUCUUCCAAUAACAAUGAUAAGCCACAUAGAACAGGAAAGGUAGCAGAAAGUGUUGAUCUUGAAAAAGUUAUACCAAAUAUUGCACUGGAUAUUCGGCAAGAUCAAAUUAACCAACUUGGGCGUGCUCUUGGUUUUAGACAAGCCGAAAUAAAAAGAUAUGAAUCAACAAACAUCAUAAUGGGCAAAGUGACAGUGACAGGUACCAGAAACAUGCUCCAUGACUGGAAGUCAAGAACGUCGAUAGCAAAGCAAAAGGAUGAGCUAAGGCAUGCACUCGUGGAAUCGGGGUUGACGGAAGUUGCAGACGAGCACCUACCACUGGGUGAGUUUUAUGUUGCACCAGUUUUGGUACCAGGACCAGUUCCUGCGCCUUCAGGUAGGCCUAUGCCCAAUCCUCCAUUUACAGCCUUGAAGGAACAGACUGGAGAGCCUGAGGCAACUUUAUAUUCACAGUCUUCCAAUAGCGAUGAUAGCUGGAUGGAAAAUACAUUGGCCAAAAUGGAGUCUUUGAAUACUUCUGCACUAAACAGGCCACAUAGAACAGGAAAGGUAGCAAAAAGUGUUGAUCUUGAAUUAGUUAUACCAAAUAUUGCAAAGGACAUUCAGCAAGAUCAAAUUAACCAACUUGGGCGUGCUCUUGGUUUUAGACAAGCUCAAAUAAAUAGAUAUGAAUCAACAAACAUCAUAGCAGGCAAUUUUACAGUGAAAGGUACCAGAAACAUGCUCCAUGACUGGAAGUCAAGAACGUCGAUAGCAAAGCAAAAGGAUGAGCUGAGGCAAGCACUCGUGAAAUCGGGGUUGACAGGAGUUGCAGAUGAGCACCUACCUUUGGAAUAAAUGCUCGUAAGAUCAGAAUCAGAGACUCUUCUCAAUGGCUACCAGCAAUAUUUGACAGUCAUGACCCAUUGGAAGAUCUGGUCACUAGGUACACCCGCAAAUAUCCAAUGUAGUCGUUGCUGACAGGCUCGUCAUGAAACUGACCAAAGACAUACUUGGAGACUUGAAAGAAGACAAGUAUGGUUGAGAAUCUGAAAUAUUGCACGGGAAGUCAACAUGGAUCUUCACUCGUUUCCUUCCAGUUGGAAUGAACCGUAAUAUUUAAGCUACUAGUGUCAGAUGAAGGAUCCAUGUAUUAUUUGUGAGUUCUACAAAUUUGAAGAAGCCAGAAACACUGUAGACUAAAAAACUAUCUUUACAUAUUUUUAGUUUUAUUAUUCUAUUACUGAGUAUCGUCAUCAUAAUCUGAGCAUUGCAUUUGCAUGAUUUUUAAAAGACAAAACAUUUAACCUGCCACGGUAUGGUAACUUUGAUCUCAUAUUGCAACUCAAUGAAAGUGAUGGUAUAGUUAAACCUUUCGUACUGUACCUGAAUAUAUAUUUUAUAUAAGACUAUUUCAAUGCUCUGUUAUCUCAAAUGAUUUUUUUUUUAUAUUUCAUU